AUGAUUGGUAUAUUAUUAGUUUCAAUUCUUUGUUUAGGUAUUCUAAUAGAAGACCUUAUUAGAUUAUUUGUAAUUAUUGGUAAAGAUGUAGUUACCAUUUUUAUAAAUUCAAUAAUUAGAAAAAAAAAUAGUAGCAAUAAUAAUAACAAUAACAAUAACAAAAAUACUAAAAAAAAUAAAAUUAUUCAAGAAGAGUUCCAAAAAGAAAACAUCAAAGAACAUGAUCAUAUUCAUUUUGACACCGAUGAAAAUUACGAUCCAAACAAAAUCAUCUAUGAUCAAGAUCUUGGCUUCACAGAGCAAUUGAUCAAAUUUAAAAGUGAAGCAAAAAAGAUAGUAUAUGAUACUGAUAGAGGCUACGAAUUAAUCCAUGGUUUAAUCAAACAUGUCGAUUGCUUUUACGACUAUAGCUUCCAUUUGAUUAAAAAGAGAAGAUCAUAA